UCUCAUCCACUUCGGUACUACCCGGCUCGCAGUCGAGCGUCGUACGUUGCGCGGUACGGUCGCGACAUUCGCUCAUCCUCCCCAGUGUCCGACUCCGGUCGCACUCGCGGCUGUGCGCCAUACAUACACGCACACGUCUGACCUGUGUUUGACUUGGUGCACGCGUCUUUCUACGAAAGUGUCAGUGCAAGACGGAGCGAGCGAGAGAGAAAGAGGGAGAGGAAGAGAGAGAGAGAGAGAGAGAGAGAGAGAGAGAGGAGGGAUAUACGAGUAGGAAAAAGAGAUGCGGGAGGAGAGUGUACAGCAGGAAACGCGAGUGCUUUUUCGCCGCAGUGCCAAGACGGAUUAAGGACGGAGGCGCGAGCGUCGGACGGAUCUCAGGAAUCGACGAUCGUUCUGCGAGUCAAUCUCCGAGGAAUCGUCACUUCCGAUGGAUCCUACGAGGAACGAAGGCAUUCCACAACGUGUGAAGCUUUAACAGCGGGCGAAAAAUUACGAAGAAAAGUGUCGUUCGUCGAACUUAAACGAGAUUCGUACAAAGUUUUCGUUGCCAUUUCCGCGCUCGUUAAUAAAUGAGAAAAGUGUACUCGGUUCGCGAUAAUAAGGUAAUCGCGAUGAAUCGCGUUGUGCUGUGAACAGUGUCUGGAAAGGAGAUCGAUCUAGGAACAGCCACUGUCGUCAAAUGGAGUUUCUUCACGCGGAUGCGUUCGAGCCCACGAAAUGGUGAAAUGAUCGUGUACUUAGUGUAUCGUGGACGCUGCAGCGAUUUCUAAGAAGCAAUUGUCCAAGACUAAGAUGUACCCCGCGCCGGCGAGACAUCCCGCCGCUCCCGGCGGCGGUGGUAGCGGCGGGGCUGCUGGCGGGCUGAAAUUCACGGUGGCGGACACUUGCGAGAGGAUCAAAGAGGAAUUCAAUUUCAUCCAGCAGCAGUACCACUCACUGAAGCUUGAGUGCGAGAAGUUAGCUAGUGAGAAGACCGAGAUGCAGAGGCACUACGUUAUGGUAAGGCACUUUUAUUACGAGAUGUCAUACGGCCUCAACGUUGAAAUGCACAAACAGACGGAAAUCGCGAAGAGGUUGAACGCGAUAAUCGGGCAAGUGCUUCCGUUCCUGGCGCAAGAGCAUGGCUUGCAGCAUCAGCAGCAGGUGGCCAAUGCCGUGGAGAGGGCGAAGCAAGUCACCAUGUCCGAACUGAACGCUAUUAUCGGGCAGCAACAGCAGCAAGGUCUUCAACAGCUACUGCAACAGAUCCAUGCGCAGCAACUGCCUCACGGAGCGGUGGUCGGCGGUCUUCCGCCGGGCGGUCUGCUGGGCUUCGCAGGUGCGCAUCGCUCGGUCUCUCCACCUGAGAAAUUUCGCAGCCGCACACCCGACCUCGAGAGCGACCCAAAGAGGCGGAAGGAGGAGAAGCUAGGACAUGAGAGCGAUGCUGAAAAGAGCGACCAAGACCUGGUCGUCGAUGUGGCGAACGAGGAGGCGUCGUCGCCGCACGCGAACGGGGAGCACUCGGACCCACGUGAAAACGGCACCCUGGAGAAGCUGGGCGCACCGGGCCACGUUGGCGGACCGGUAUCCGGCGCGGGCUCGGCAUCCGUUAAGGACAGGCCGCCGUCGCGCAGCGGCAGCUCCUCCGCCCGUAGUACACCGUCUCUGAAAAGUAAAGAUGUCGACAAGCCGGGUACACCUGUGGCGGCGGCGAGGGGCUCGCGCAGUUGUACGCCAACUAUGGGCGGCAUCCCUGGGUCCUUGGCGCGGGUCUAUCAUCCGCCAUCGUCGCAGCAAACGCCACCGCAGGGUUAUCAGGGCUUGCCAUCCCGCGGCAAUGAGCCGCCGCAGUCGCCCUCGCCAUACAGCAACUUGCCAUACGCGCGGCCCUCCAUGAUCGGUUUCGACGGUCACAUGAGGAUACCCGCGAGUAACGGAUUGAACAACAUCGCAGGUGGCAAACCGGCGUACUCCUACCAUAUGAACGGCGAGGGCCAACUGCAGCCUGUACCAUUCCCCACGGACGCUCUGGUAGGACCGGGUAUCCCGCGUCACGCACGUCAGAUUAACACCCUGACACACGGCGAAGUGGUUUGUGCCGUUACGAUCUCGAAUCCGACCAAGUACGUCUACACCGGCGGCAAAGGUUGCGUCAAGGUCUGGGAUAUCGGCCAAAGUGUCGGCAGCGCCAGCGUGAAACCAGUUUCGCAGCUGGACUGUUUGCAACGUGACAAUUACAUUAGGUCCGUGAAACUUCUGCCUGACGGGAGGACCUUGAUAGUCGGCGGAGAGGCCAGUCAACUGAGCAUUUGGGACCUAGCUAGUCCCACGCCCAGAAUUAAAGCGGAAUUAACUUCGUCGGCGCCUGCGUGUUACGCCCUGGCGAUCUCGCCGGACUCGAAAGUCUGCUUCAGCUGCUGUAGCGACGGCAAUAUCGCCGUGUGGGACUUGCAGAAUCAAUCGUUGGUCAGGCAAUUCCAAGGUCACACGGACGGCGCGUCUUGCAUCGACAUCUCGGCUGAUGGAUCAAAAUUGUGGACCGGCGGUCUCGACAAUACCGUGCGUUCCUGGGACCUUCGCGAGGGUAGGCAGCUGCAGCAGCACGAUUUCACCUCGCAGAUAUUCUCCCUCGGUUACUGCCCUACCGGAGAGUGGCUGGCCGUCGGAAUGGAGAACUCGAACGUCGAGGUACUCCAUGCUACCAAGUCCGACAAGUACCAGCUGCAUCUGCACGAUUCCUGCGUGCUCUCGCUGCGUUUCGCCUCCUGCGGCAAGUGGUUCGUUUCGACUGGCAAGGACAAUCUGCUGAAUGCGUGGCGUACGCCAUACGGUGCUUCAAUAUUUCAGUCCAAGGAGUCGUCGUCGGUGCUGAGCUGCGACAUUUCCGCAGACGACAAGUACAUUGUGACCGGAUCCGGCGACAAGAAGGCCACUGUAUACGAAGUGAUUUACUAAGCCUAUUCCUAAUAAAGAGACUUGCCUUUCCUCCUUUAAUAACAUUAAAAUCAUGAACUUUGUUAAUGUGUAUUCUAUCCUUUCGCGAGGAAGGAAGGCGCGAAGAGAUCCCGAAAGUAGGGAAACUCUCGGCGGCCUUAGAGCCAGUGUGGCUGAUAAAUGUGUACAUAUACGCAUACGCGAAAUUGUAUUGUAACGAAAUUACAAAUAGAAGAAUGAAAAAUC